AGGGCAGGAAGUGUUUGAGGAAGUGGCGCUGGGCUGGCUGCGUGGGGACCCUAAGUUUUCAUGUCCUCUGUGGGUGUCGCUGGCGGCCCCGCGGCCCCUGGGGCAGAGUUAGCAGGGAGGGCAUCGAUAUGAGCUGGUCACCGUCCCUCCCCACCCAGACCUGUGGGGCCUGGGAAAUGAAGGAACGCCUCGGGACCGGGGGAUUUGGAAACGUCAUCCGAUGGCAUAAUCAGGCGACAGGCGAACAGAUUGCCAUCAAGCAGUGCCGACAGGAACUCAGCCCGAAGAACAGGGAUCGAUGGUGCCUAGAGAUCCAGAUCAUGAGAAGGCUGAACCAUCCCAAUGUGGUGGCCGCGCGGGAUGUCCCAGAGGGGAUGCAGAACUUGGCACCCAAUGACUUGCCUCUGCUGGCCAUGGAGUACUGCCAAGGAGGAGAUCUCCGAAGAUACUUGAACCAGUUCGAAAACUGCUGUGGCCUGCGGGAAGGAGCCAUCCUUACCCUGCUGAGUGACAUUGCCUCGGCUCUUCGAUACCUUCACGACAACAGAAUCAUCCAUCGAGAUCUGAAGCCAGAAAAUAUCGUUCUGCAGCAAGGAGAGCAACGAUUAAUACACAAGAUUAUUGAUCUAGGAUAUGCCAAGGAACUGGAUCAGGGCAGUCUGUGCACUUCCUUUGUGGGGACCCUGCAAUACCUGGCUCCAGAACUGCUGGAGCAGCAGAAGUACACCGUGACUGUGGACUACUGGAGCUUCGGCACCCUGGCCUUUGAGUGCAUUACUGGCUUCCGGCCCUUUCUGCCUAACUGGCAGCCUGUGCAGUGGCACUCCAAAGUCCGGCAGAAGAGCGAAGUGGACAUUGUUGUCAGUGAAGAUCUGAACGGGACAGUCAAGUUCUCCAGCUCUUUACCCUUCCCCAACAAUCUUAACAGUGUCCUAACUGAACGUCUGGAGAAGUGGCUGCAGCUCAUGCUUAUGUGGCACCCUCGACAAAGGGGCACGGACCCCCAGUACGGCCCCAAUGGCUGUUUCCAAGCCCUCGAUGACAUCUUGAACUUGAAGCUGGUUCAUAUCUUGAACAUGGUCACAGGCACCGUGCACACAUACCCUGUGACUGAGGACGAGAGUCUACAGAGUUUAAAAACCAGAAUACGGGAAGACACGGGAAUCCUGGAGGAAGACCAGGAGCUGCUGCAGGAGGCGGGGCUGGUGCUGCUCCCCGACAAGCCUGCUACUCAGUGCAUCUCAGACAGCAAGCCGAAUGAGGGCCUCACGUCGGACAUGGACCUUGUUUUUCUCUUUGACAACAGUAAAAUCACCUAUGAGACUCAGAUCACUCCCCGACCCCAACCGGAAAGCGUCAGCUGUAUCCUUCAGGAGCCCAAGCGGAACCUCUCUUUCUUCCAGCUGAGGAAAGUGUGGGGCCAGGUCUGGCACAGCAUCCAGACGCUGAAGGAAGACUGUAACCGACUCCAGCAGGGACAGCGAGCGGCCAUGAUGAACCUCCUUCGGAACAACAGCUGCCUUUCCAAGAUGAAGAACGCCAUGGCCUCCAUGGCGCAGCAGCUCAAGGCCAAGUUGGAUUUCUUUAAAACCAGCAUCCAGAUCGACCUGGAGAAGUACAGAGAGCAGACUGAGUUUGGGAUCACAUCAGAAAAACUGCUGCUGGCCUGGAAGGAAAUGGAACAGGCUGUGGAGCUGUGUGGGCGGGAUGAUGACGUGAAGCAUCUGGUAGAGAAGAUGAUGGCCCUGCAGACUGAUAUUGUGGACUUACAGAGGAGCCCGAUGGGUCGGAAGCAGGGGGGCACUCUGGAUGACCUAGAGGAACAGGCGAGGGAACUCUACCGAAGACUGAGGGAGAAGCCAAGAGACCAGAGGACAGACGGUGACAGUCAGGAGAUGGUCCGGCUGCUGCUUCAGGCGAUCCAAAGCUUCGAGAAGAAAGUGCGGGUGAUUUACACACAGCUCAGUAAAACCGUGGUCUGUAAGCAGAAGGCACUGGAGUUGCUGCCCAAGGUCGAAGAGGUGGUGAGCCUUAUGAAUGAUGACGAGAAGACUGUAGUCCGGCUGCAGGAGAAGCGGCAGAAGGAGCUCUGGAACCUCCUGAAGAUCGCCUGUAGCAAAGUUCGAGGUCCAGUCAGUGGAAGCCCAGAUAGCAUGAAUGUGUCUCGGCUUAGUCACCCUGGUCAGCUGAUGUCCCAGUCGUCCAGUGCCUGUGACAGCUUACCUGACUCAGCCAAGAAAAGUGAGGAGCUGGUGGCUGAAGCCCACGCCCUUUGCACCCGGCUAGAAAGUACGCUGCAGGACACCGUGAAGGAGCAAGACCACAGCUUCACGACUCUAGACUGGAGCUGGUUACAGAUGGAGGAUGAAGAAAGGGGUAGCCUGUGACUGAGGUUUCCACGGACUGGCCCCAUGGCUCUGGAUGUGAUGAUGGUCUGGUGUCUCCAGCACCCAGAUGGAAAUCGCACUCUCCCAGCGGCUGUGAUGUUUGCCCUCAGCAGCCUACUGCUGGCCCCGUCUACACACCGGACCUCCUCUACCCCAGAAGCACAGGAAGUGCCAGUUACAGGCAUUCACAGCGGCAAAGCUUCCUCGCUGCUUCCUCUGCUAUAAGAAGAAAGCUCUGAGUAGUUUGCCACACACGGCAUAUGGCAAAUGUCCAUCUUGAGUGUUUCCAGACAGCAGCCAACUUGUCCCCUUUGGACCACUGAUGGGAGGGAGACCUGCCCUGCCCAUCCUUCCUCGCCUUACAGCUCGGGCUUCAUCUGGAUCCAGCCUCUCUUGGACUCGUAAUCCUAAAUUUGAUGGUCCUGACUUUCUUCUUUUCACCUCACUGCUGGUAAAUAUUCUUUCUGCUUCCUGUGCUGGUCGCUGUGGCAAAUGACCUUUGACUGAGUUGUGGUGAUGCCAAGCUCCCUGCUCUCCUGGUCCUUUAAGCCACAGAGUGAGCCACUUACAGAGCCUGGCAGAACAGAAAGGCAGCUGCCCUCUCCUGACUCCCAAAGAUUACCUGGCAUCAAUUGUCAUGGAGACGAAAGGAAGAUGAAGGGCUUCUGCCAUCUACUGCUCUGCGGAACACUCUACCACUCCUCCGUACCUGUCAGGAGUGUGCAUGCACAAGUGUGCGUGUGUGUAGGAUGGGAUGUUGCUGCCUCUUACGUUACCUAGCAGCAUUAUUAAAAUGGUGUAUUUUAUAAAUAGUUUCUAUAUUUUUGUAACAUUACUCAGAUAUAUAUAUGUUCUAGUCUCAAAUGUGUUUUCCUACAAUAUACCAUCACUAGUUCUUUUGAGCUCAAAAUUCAACACCAUAGAAAAUUUUGUAAAAUUAAAUAGCGUAUAUCUAGAUGGUGAGCCAUUUCAACAAAACUUGUGUGUGUGUGUGUGUGUGUGUGUGUGUGUGUGUGUGCGCACACGCGCGCGUGCGCACGCGCUUGUGUAUGUGCACAUGUGCGUGUAUAUAUAAAAGCAAAACAGUCUCAGGUUAUCAUAAACAGGUAUAUUUGGUUAGAGAAUAAACAAAGUUGGAACAGAGGAAGUCCAAAUGGCCACCACAGAGACAGCAUGAAGCACCAAUGGUCACGUGUUCAGAAGGGGCUUCACAUUUUAAUUGCUUCUUAGAGAAUCAUGCUGUCCACUCGUAAACUAUCUGAAAACUUAUAAUAAAGACACUGGCUUUAGCUAACGUAAACGCAUCCGUGAGUAAUGUCAUUUGACCACAGAGCCCCACCCCUCAUGUGCGCUCAGUGUUUACUAACAUCCAGAAGUACUGGAGUCAAAGCAUGCUUUUAGAAACCCUGGAAAGGGCGCAGUGGGAAUAAGACCAGAAAGGAUGGAAGGAGAUCAGCUUGGGAGGGGAAUGAAUGUUGGGCUAAGAGCUGUGGUUUAAUAAGCAAUUAAGAGUCACAGGAAAACUUUAUAUAAGAAAAUGACAUUAACCCAAAGCAAUGAUUUGGAAAGUUUGUCACCAGACCAUCAUAAUUUAUGACGAAGUUAAAUUCAAGGGUUACUUCUGUUUCCCCAAAAGACCAAUGUCUUAGUUUGUGUUUCUAUUGCUGCGAUGAAACUCUGACCAAAAAGCAAGUGGGUGAGGAAAGAAAUUAUUGGGCUUAUACUUCUACCUCACAGUUCAUCAUCAAAGGAAGUCAGGACAGGAAUGUGAAGGCAGGAGCUGAUGCAGAGGCCGUGGAGGGGUUGCUGCUUACUGGCUUGCUCCUCAUGGCUUGCUCAACCUGCUUUCUUAUAGAACCCAGGACCACCAGCCCAAGGGUAGUAACACCCACAAUGCUGUCUCCUCAUGCCUUAGAUGCCUUUCUCCGCCCAGCUAUUUCACUUCCUUCCUAGUGCUGGGAUUAAAGGCUUAUGUGCUUCCCAAUUACUGGUAGCAAAGGCAUGAGAUCUCAGGUGCUGGGAUUAAAGGUGUGUGCCACCACUGCCUGGCUCUGUUUCUCUCCUAGACUGAAUCAGUUUCAUGUCGUCCAGGGUGGCUUUGGACUCACAGAGAUCCAAACGGAUCUCUGCCUCCCAAGUGCUAGGAUUAAAGGUGUGUGCCACCACUGCCUGGCUUCUAUGUUUAAUCUAGUGGCUGGCUCUGUCCUCUGAUCUUCAGGCAAGCUUUAUUUGAUACACAAUAUAUCACCACCAGUAGGGCAAAUGUCCAAUCCUGUGGCUCCGUGUCUGUUAUUGGGGUUUUGGAUUUCUAAGGGCUUAGAUGGCUUGGCCCCUCCAACUUUGCUUUCUGUAAUAGACUUUGCUCACAUGGAUUUGUUCCACUCUGUAUGUAUGCAGCUCUUGUUGGCAAGUAUCUCAUGGCUCUGGAAUCUCCAACACAACCCAGACUUCUCCUUUCCAACUUUAUGCAAUGUCCCUGCAGACACUGACCCUGCUACACAUUGUCUUGCCUCAGCGGCUUUCUGAAACCAGGGAGAAACAAUCUGUGAUCCCCUCAACUUGCAUCUUCUUGGUCUCCAAAACCAUUAACACAUGCACACCUCCAAAUUGGCUGCCUCCUUGGACCACAGUUGCAGCAGUUUUUGUAUGCCCUUGCCUCCCAAGUGCUGGAAUUAGUCAUGCCUCCAUGCCUGGCUGGUUUUUGUUUCUUAAUCAAAGACAUGCGGUGGAAAAAUGAGAGCCUUUCCACUCCAAGAAGAAUCAAAUUAGACGCCCGUCUCUGACCUUGUGCAGAGAAGAAUUCAAGAUGGAUGAAAGACAUUGAUUUAAACCUGAACUGUUGGAACUCCUGGAUGAAAAUGUAGGGAACACUCUUUAAGAUACUGGGGUGGGCAAGAACUUUCUGAACAGAACUUUAAUAGCGUAGGAACUAGACCCAGGUGUCAACAGAUGGGACGACAUGAAAUUAAAAUGUUUUGACAUGGCAAGAAAAACUAUCAGCCAAGCCUACAGCCUACAGAAGGGAGAAAAUCUUUACCAGUUAUACUUCAGAUGAGGAAGUGAUAUCCAGAAUUUACAAAGAAACCAAAUACCAAGGAAAUAAAACUGUCAUUCAAGAAAUGGUCUAAUGAACUGAAUCAACAGGUUUUUAAAAACUACAAAGCGCCGGACAGUGGUGGCACACGCCUUUAAUCCCCAGCACUUGGGAGGCAGAGCCAGGUGGAUCUCUUUGAGUUCGAGGCCAGCCUGGGCUACAGAGUGAGUUCCAGGAAAGAUGCAAAGCUACACAGAGAAACCCUGUCUUGAAAAAAAGGGGGGGGGGGGACAAAACCUUUUUUUUUUUUUUUUUUUUUGGUUUUUUGGAGACAGCGUUUUCUGUGUAAAGCCCUGGCUGUCCUGAAACUCAUUCUGCAAAACAGGCUGCCCUUGAAUUUACAGAGAUAAUCCCAGCACUCAGAAGGCAGAGGCAGGCAGAUCUCUGUGAGUUUGAGGCCAGCCUGGUCACAGUGAGUUUUAGGACAGCCAGAGCUAUGCAGAGAAACUCUGUCUCAAAACAAACAAAAAAGUACAAAGCCAAUAAAUAUUCUUGAAAGUG